AUGGCAGUUACUGAAGAAAUUCUUUAUAUUCAAGCUCAAGAAAAUCUUAGUAAUUAUAUUUCUUUGGCUCAAACAACAUUAGCUCAGAUUUUACUUGUUAUUCGACGAACUAUGUCUGGAAGUCAGUUUGUAUCAGCUUUGGAAACUAACUUUUAUGUAGGUUAUCCACCAUUAAAUGUUGGAGAUUGGAGUCAACCAAAAAUGUUCCCAGUAGUAUCUGGAAAUUGUUCGUGUUUCUCUAUUAGUGGGUGUCAACGUUCAGCUCAUAUUAGAGAUAGUCAAGAUCAAUUAAUAGUAGUUCCAGAAAUGAUAAUUGAUUGUUAUAUUGUUGAUUCAACAUUAGCUUCUACAUUGGAAUGUUAUUAUGACUUAGCAUGUUUUCAGUUUCUACAUAACUCAUCAACAGAAAUGGAGAGUCUAUUAUCCACUUAUGUCAACAAUCAUUUCCUGGUAAAUUCUACUGUCCAAAUGUUUCUUGAUGAAUUAAUGAUUGAUAGAUUAGAUAUUAAGAUAAUAUUUGAUUCAUUUUAUAAACAAUGCAAACCUGCCUAUUGUACUUUCUCAUACUCUCGUCGCUUUUCACAUCUCUUUGUUAUUACUACAAUUCUAGGAACUUUUGGUGUUCUGUCUUCUAUUUUACGUUUGUUGCUACCAUUUAUUGUCAGUGAAAUUUUUCGCUGGAAAACUAAACGCACUUCAAAUGGCUGUUGCUCACAAGAUGAUACAACUAUUUCAAAUAGACGUAAGUGAAAAUAAAAUUCUAUGAGAAUGUUCACAAAACACUAAUCUUUAGCACUUUGAAAUGACCGAUAAGAUGAAGUUAUUGUGAUUUGGCUCUCUGAUGGGCUCCUUUUUUUCUUGGCUAUUUAUGUUUUCAUAUGUAGUUUUAUAAAAAGAAGAGUUUUGUAUUAUAUUAAAUCUAAACUUUUCUUAGCAAUAGCAAUCUUCGAUCGUCUUCAUCGUCUAGCAAAUUUCGUUUAUCAGCAACUGGGCAAGUUAAAUCUUUUCGAAAGUAAGAAAAUUAGAACGCAUGCUAAUAUGAUACGUGAGUAUUUCUUUACACGACUCUUCAUUUUAUUAUUCGUCAUCUGCUCGAUCAAUAUUGGAUUUUAUAUAUAUGUAUUCAAACACGAUGAAAUUGUUACUAUCAUGUAUCCAUCUCGAGAAACUUACGAAAAACUAUUCAAUGAACAAUCAAAUACCAUAGAAUGUCCUUGUACACAUUUAUCCAUACCUUAUGGAGCAUUUCUAAAUGUAUCAUUUGUAUUACACCAAGUGUGUUCAAGCGAUCUAGUUUCACCAGCCUGGCUAAAUUAUUUAUCUUUGUUCGAUUCAACUCGUAUACCUUCUUGGACUGAAACACCGUAUUCACGAGAUUUUCGUCCUACAGGUGUGUCAUAUUUUCAACUUUUGGCUACGUUUUGUUCUUUGGCUAAAAUUAAUGUUGAAGAUAGUCAACGUGUUUUUAUGAAUACACCAUUUGUUAGCAAUCACCUUCUUCCUCAAUCCUUGUUCAUUCAACAAACUCAAACGAUUGUUGAAGCAUUUAUCAAUAGAACACGUAACACAUUUGUACCUAUUUUAAAUUGGGUUGAUAUGGCUGGUACUAUCAAUCAAUUUUUAUCAGGAUCGAACGUUAAUUUCCAAAUUCUAGUAGACAAUGACGGCAACGUAAAUAUUGAAGAUGUAUUGCUUUACCCAUUGGUAGAUAUAUAUCCUGAAUCUGUAAUAAUAACUUCAGCAUGCUCAUGCACAACUGAUUAUAAUGCUUGCCUUUUGAGACCUAUCGUAUAUAUAAAUGGAUCGAGUUUCUUCGAAUUUCAAAAUAUCUUCUAUGAAAUAUAUGUGGGCUGUACACCAUUGGUUGGAUUCUAUAGUUCUAAUAUUGACUGGUGGUACAAUAAAAUUUAUAUUGAAGAGAUACGAGCAACAUAUGCCAGUAUGAUUAUCACCGAGUUUCCACCAUAUAUCAAACCAUUAAAUAUAUCCAUCCGUACUCAAUUCGACAGCACUACAUUAGAUGUUAUCAGUCAAGCAUUUUUAGAAACAUCAGUCAUCAGUGAUAAUUGCUAUGAUUUUUACUACCAACGAUGUGCACCUCUCAGCUGUUCAUAUACAAUAUCAAAACGUCGAGGUAUCAUUGUCGCUACUUUAUUAUUUAUUUCAGUUUGUGGUGGACUCAAUCGAGGCCUUCGAAUAGUUGUACCAUUGAUUGGAAAACUUCUUCUGGUUCUUAUCAAAAAAUGGAGAAAUCGGAAAAUCGUUCGUGGUGAGUAUAUUAUGCAAUUAUUAAUCUGAGAGCAAAGCCAUUUGAAAAAAUAUUUCUGAGGAUACUUUUGAUUGGGGUCACAAUGUAGCACACUGUCACAAUGAGGUCUAAGUAUCGUAUCGGUCUUUAUAUCAAAAUACAAAAGUGUUGUAUGAGAAAAUUGUGAUGAAUAAAAUGUUUUUGUGUGUCAGUUUUUGAAAGUAAAAUGUGUUAUCAAUCUAUAUGAUAUUGAAAAGGUGUGAAUUGAACUUAUCGAUAUUUGCUAAAAUUCUCCGAAAACUACCUUCCCAAUUCGCAUCUAAGUAGCCAUCUGAUAAGUGUUUUUGAUCCUCAUUUAAAAUGACUCAAACGAAAGUGUCGAGGGGAAUUUAAUGAGCAAAAUAAGAAAGGUUUAUCGUAUGAUCAUAUCAAUCAUCUGUCUUUGAACAUGACUUGGCAAAACACACAAUAUAUUGAAGAAAGCUUGUCAAAGGACACCGCCGGAUAAGUCAACAAAUCUGGCACCCCCCUAGA